GUGAAGAGCAAAACUUGCCUUCUUAGACGUCGAGGAUCCUGUCGAAAGGCUGGAGGUAAGGCAAUUAUUGGAGCUGUCCCACUUAACUGGGGCCCUGAUCGUCCGUUUCUACCAUUGCCUUCAAAAGGGGAAGGCCCGCCCUGCUCUCUCAACAUCCGCAUUGCAACUUCAGGAGGAGCAGGGACAAAAGGCCCUAAUGGACUGCGAUCAUAG